AUGCCCAUCAAGAUCACCGAGGAGGAAUGGAUCCCCGCGCAGGAGAAGUUCGAGAGCGGCGAGGACUACCGCUCGUUCACCGACGCGCGCGCGAGCCGCAAGAGGGCGAGACAAAUCGAGGAGAACGGCCUCGAGGAGGAGGAGGAGGUUGACGAGCACGAGAUGAUGCGGCUGAGGAAAGCGCAGCGGCCGACGUACAAGCAGGUGGUGGGCAAGGCGAGCGGCAGGGCGUGGAAGCUCCCGGCGGAAAGGGCGAGCAUGGUGAUGAAGCCCGCCACGUCCCGGGGCAUCAAGACCUGGGACCAGCGCAUGAAGGAAAAGGCUGAGAAGAAGGCGUUCCAGGCGAUGAAGCAGGAGGCGGCGGACGCGGCGAGGGCGAAGCGGAAGGAGGAGCACGAGCGUCGCGCCAAGAAGAAGCAGCAGAAGGAGGAGAACAGGCAGCGCACGGGAGAGGGCCUGUACAAGCCGGAGAUCACCAACGCGAGAACCAUCGCCAAGCGAGCCAAGAGCAAGGAGUUCAAGAAGCAAAAGGCUCUCAAGAUGGUGUGA